UCCUCCCUCGGGGGCGGGGACAAGCGGGCCCGAAAUGGCGGCCAGCCGUUACCGGCGUUUUCUUAAGCUCUGUGAGGAAUGGCCAGUGGACGAGACCAAACGGGGCCGGGACUUGGGCGCUUACCUGCGGCAGCGGGUAGCACAGGCGUUUCGGGAGGGAGAGAACACCCAGGUUGCAGAGCCUGAGGCCUGCGAUCAGAUGUACGAGAGCUUAGCACGACUCCAUUCAAACUAUUACAAGCACAAGUACCCUCGCCCCAGAGACACGAGCUUCAGUGGCCUGUCCCUGGAAGAAUACAAGAUGAUCCUUUCCACAGACACCCUGGGAGAGUUCAAGGAUAUGAAUAAAGGCAUGUGGAAGAAACUGCAGGAGAAGUUCACCGCCAGGAGUCCUGAGAAGCAGCGCCUGUGCUCAGUCCUUCAGUCCUUAUCUUGCCCACGAACCUAAGGGUGGAUGUUGCCAUCAUAAAUAAAGCCGCCCUGAUUCCCUGCU